UGUUGAAACGCAAUUUUAGAUUGUGUGACCUAUAAGGAGGGGUGGUCUUGAAUAAAUAUUUUCUGACGAAGCUCUACAGUGAAGCCGAACCUCCACUGACUCUUGUUUUUACAGACCGGAGCGCUGCAUUUUUACGAAGAACAUAGCGUUUGUUUUAGUCCUCUUGAGUUAAAAAAUGGGUGCGAUACGCUUCAUACAGUGAUAUCAAUUGUAAAUGUAGCCUAACAGUAUACCAGGGAAGCUUGUCCAGGACUUCAGUUGCUUCUGAGAAGAUUUUUAAGUCGUCUUUCUGACUUCAUUCAAGAAGAAAUCACUUUUUUUUUUUCAUCGGUGCGGACAAGUAAACGUUUAUUUCCGUGCAUCAGUUGGCGACGAUAUAUAGUUUAACAUCGCAUAACUUCAGGUCGUGUAGCCUGUACAUCGAAGAACCGGAUCUCAUCCAUAAAAUACAAUUUGACCAAAUGUCAAGGUUACUAUAGCGGAAAUCCUAAAUCGUCAUCCAGCUCUAUUAUUAAACAAACACGCCGUGUAUCAGCUGUUUGUGUCCGAUACCUCUAAUCUGAGAUGCUUUUGUAGAUUAUUAAACUAACAAGCUCGUGGACGAAAUUGGUAUUGUGCUGUUGCGAUACCAUUGCUGGCGUUUCACGCUUUCACGGGAGUAUAGUUUGAAUUAAAAUCUCUGGAUGGACGAAAACGACUAUAUUCCAUGUCGUGUGGAUUACUGAGAGAGAGAUAGGCGUGGGAAUCGAGACACCUGAGCCGGAUACCUGUAACUUUUCUCUCUCGAAAGCUCUUCAUUGCGCUUUCGGUCGCUGGUUGACACGGUCUUUUUUUAUUUAACUCUUAACUGGUUUGGUAUAAUGGACGUGAUAGCUCUAGAUAAAGUUCAUCAGCAUCACAAUCCAACAGAUUCUCGCUGGGAAUUCGUCGCUGGACUGUAGACGUCGGUCGGGAGAUAUUUUGGAGGAGCGCUGUUGUUUAUCAUAAGAAACGGGAUUUAUUCGUGGAAACUACUACGAUGUCCGUUAUACGCUCUUGGAUGGAAACUCUGUUGCUGUAUAUGUUCAUUUCGGAAGUUGCUGGUAAAGUUUCUCCUACCAGUUCAGAUGCCCUCUUCAGUGUUCCGGUUCCUAGUACCACCUCCAGCCCGCCAGAAGUUUACCUCCCUGCCAACUUUAAGCUCUCCAACACACAGUUGGCCUUCUUUCUCCAAGAGAACCGAGUUCAACCAUAUGGCAGCCAACGUGGACACCCUCUUCAGCGUUCAGAAAGCUUUGUGGUCUUCCAAACCAAGGAGCUGCCUGCAAUCAACAUCUCACUUGGACCUUUUACCCAAGACCAGACGUUGUCCAAGGACCUACUGCAGCCGUCAAGUCCUUUGGACAUUCCUGGAAGGCUGACAGUCAACUGGAAGGUCCGGGCUUUUAUUGUACAGUCUAGAGUUUUUGCUAGUAACCCACUGGUUCAGGUGCUGUUCUAUAUCGCAGGACGGGACUGGGAUGACUUCAAGAUUCAGGACAAGCUUCCAUGUGUGCGGCUGCAUGCUUUUAGAGAUGUUCGGGAGAUCAAAACUUCCUGCAGGCUUCAAGGGAAUCUGGCGCAGUGCUUGGCCCAACUGGAUCUCCCUUCCACUUGGUUUAAUGUUAAUGUAGCACCAUUGGGUCGCAGAAAGUCCUCAGGGACAGAUGGGCUUGAGUUGAGUGGAGAGACCCUUCAAGUAGAGCUUUACUAUACCCUCCAUGAUCCAGACAGCAAUGAUGAAUGUGGGGAGAGCUACCCACGCCGGGGAGGGGCAUCCAGAGGGGAGAGCUCCCAACAACCCCUUCUCCGUAUUGGGAGCAUCAGUUUGUACCAGCCCAGUCAGGAACAACUGGUGGUAGACAAACAGCUUGACAAGAACCUCUUUCUGAGGCUACCAGAGAGGCCAUUAAAACCAGGAGAGACCCUCAACAUCUACCUGCUCCUGGUCCCAAAUUCUACUGUCGAGCAGUUUACACUAAACUAUUGCAUCCUUCUCCGUAUUGGGAGCAUCAGUUUGUACCAGCCCAGUCAGGAACAACUGGUGGUAGACAAACAGCUUGACAAGAACCUCUUUCUGAGGCUACCAGAGAGGCCAUUAAAACCAGGAGAGACCCUCAACAUCUACCUGCUCCUGGUCCCAAAUUCUACUGUCGAGCAGUUUACACUAAAGGUGAAAGCAAAGAAAGGGGUGAACCUCCUUAGCACUAAGUCGAGGAUUAACCAGUGGAAGGUUGAAUGGGAUGUGCAGUCCGGAGCCAAACACUCCAUUGCAACCGUGGAAGCCAGCAAGAUCAAAGGAGUCCCUGGGGACAUGGCUGCCAGCAUCGAAAUUAUGCAGCUAGACUUUGAGAUGGAGAACUUCACCAGUCAAUCAGUCACCAGAAGAAUCAACUGGAAUAUUGAUUACAGGGGCCAGAAUCCAGCCUCGGAUGCAGAGAAGGUGGUCACAGAGCUGACGGUUGUGCAGAAGGACAUCCAAGCCAUCAUUCCACUUUCAAUGGACACUGAGAUUAUCAACACGGCAGUUCUUACUGGCCGAACUGUGGCCAUCCCUGUCAAGGUGGUUUCCAUAGAGCUGAACGGAGCAGUCACUGAUGUGUCAUCCUUUGUGCAGUGCAAGUCAUUCAAUGAGGACAUUGUCAAGGUGUCCAUGAACUGUGACUAUGUGUUUGUGAAUGGAAAAGAGACGCGUGGCUCCAUGAAUGCUCGGGUGAUUUUCAGCUAUGAGCACCUGAGUGCUCCUCUUGAGCUCACAGUCUGGGUGCCCAAACUGCCCCUUAAAGUGGAGCUCUCAGACAACAGACUGAGCUUCAUCAAGGGCUGGAGGGUGCCCAUAUUACCCGACCGCAGAACGGCCAGAGACAGCGAUGAUGAUGAUGAAGAUGACCGUAAAGUGAGCAGAGGAUGUACACUGCAGUACCAGAGAGCCCAGGUUAAGGUUCUGACCCAGUUCCACACAACCUCUAGUGAAGGCACAAACCAGAUGAUCACUAUGCUGGGUCCUGACUGGCAAGUGGAUGUGACAGAACUGGUGCAAGACUCUCUGAAGGUGGUGGAUGCCAGGGUGGCUGAACUGGUGGACAGGACGGUACUCGUGGCCAACGAGCUUGGAUCAUCCACUCUGAAGGUUGAAUCUCCACUGGCAGUGGAGGCGGUGCUGGGUGAAACACAGUUCUCUGUGGUAGACGAUAAAGUGUCCAUAGUGGAGCUACGUGUUCAUGCCAUCUCGGGACUGGCACUUAUUCUUCAACCAAGCCCUGGCAACAGCCAUACCAUGGUUGCCAAGGCAACUGGCCUGCAGACUCUCUCAGCUCUUAAGCAGGAGGCCAGUCUGUCCAUCUGGAUUUACUACAGCGACAAUACCGCCGCCCCCCUGAGUAUGUAUGACCCAAAAGACUACAACCUCAAUGCCACCACAGCAGACGAUAAGGUGGUUACAGUGGCUCAACAACCUCAACAGCGGUGGCCAGUCAUCAUGGCCGAAGGCGAGGGCACAGGAGAGGUAGUGCACGUGGAGAUGACCAUCAGCGAAACCUGCCAGAAGACUAAACGCAAGAGUGUCAUUGCUUCUUCUCCUGUGUUCGUCAAAGUCCGCUUUGGACCGGAUGAAGACUCUGAAGAGGAAGUGGAUACAGAGACUGAAAUAGACACUAGAAUGCCUGCCAACACGAGAAGGCCCAUUAUCGAUUCCAACGCAGGUGGUGGAGGGUAUGAACCAUCUAAUGAGCAGCCCGCAAGUGUGCCCAUCGAUUACACCAACUUUCCUACAGUAAGCAAUCCAGAGGAACCAACCGAAGAAGACGAGGAGGAUGACGAAUUCGUGCACAGUCCCCGUAGCAUGACCGACCUGGAGAUCGGCAUGUAUGCUCUCCUCGGGGUGUUUUGUCUCGCCAUACUGGUCUUUCUUAUAAACUGUAUUGUGUUUGUGUUGAAGUAUCGCCAUAAGCGCAUCCCUCCUGAAGGCCAAGCCAACAUGGACCAUUCCCACCACUGGGUGUUCUUGGGUAACGGAGAACCCCUGCGCACCCAGAGCGAUCUCUCGCCUCAGACGGUGGAGAGCCCCAGCAACACCUUGGAGGGGGUACAGUCUUGUUGUCAUGGGGACCACCACAGCAGCGGCAGCUCCCAGACUAGCGUACAAAGCCAAGUCCACGGUCGAGGAGACGGCAGCUCCGGAGGUUCCACCAAAGACCACGGAGAGGAAGCCAGCUCACCGACCUCCAAACGCAAGCGUGUCAAGUUUACCACCUUCACUCUUCCCACGGAGGAUUUACCCUACAACUCCAUCCCCGUUGCCAACGAAGAGGACAUUCAGUGGGUAUGCCAAGACAUGGGCUUUCAGGACCCAGAGGAACUGCACGACUACAUGCGCAGGAUAAAGGAAAUAGCCUGACCGGGCUAUGUGCUUUCUAAAGACGUUCCUUUCUAUUUUUCUCUCUUAAUUUUCACUCUAGAGGAGGUACCUUUCACAAGAAAAACAACCAAGGCCCAAUGUCCAGUUUUGUUGGGGUUUUCUGCACAGUGCUAUUUCCCUUACACAUUGACACUUGUACGAACUAAAAAAUAUUCAUGACGCUGCCAGGGAAGCCAAAGACGAGUCUAAGGGAUUCUAGCAAAAAUGGCUUUAGCGGUGUGUAUGAUUGCUGCUCAGUAGAAGGGUGAGUGUACACUCUUUAAGGGAAACAUAGAAUUUCAGUUGUGAACACUGAUAUCAAAAUGGAUUCCUGAAGUACUCAAUCAUGUGUGGGUCACCCUACUGUGGAUAGGAUCUUUCUCAGAGGAAUGCCUGGAGUCUUGGCACUGUGUCCAUUCUUCUUUUUCUUCUUCUUCUCUUUUUUUAAUUCAACAGAUCCUUCUCCAACAAAGAGGCCUUUGAAGUGCAGAUUCUACUUUUGUCCCAGAUUUGUGUUUAAGAUGGAUCAUUUUCAUGCCAUUGUUGAUAAACCUGACACAGACACUGUCAGGGACAUUCGUGAGAACGUGCCAUGGAUUCUUUCUGUCAGUGUUGGAAAUGUUGAAUGGUUUUAUCCCCCUGCCCCUCUUUUCAGUGUUAUCUUGGUUCAACACAUGCCUUGGUUGCUGAAUUAGUUCUUCUUCUGUCUUUGGUAUUUCAUACUCAUUCUCAAUCUGGAUGCCACCUCUGCUUCUCUCACUGUCUUGGUUAAGUCUAAUGCCUUAUUAAAAGGAUCUCAAUCGUCACAACCUCGCUCUGUGCUGACACCACAUUUAUCCACAUUGGUAAGGGCCAAAGCAGGGGCAACUCUACAGAAGUCUGUAUCUCAAUUAAACACGUGUCAGCACGGGAAAGGCAGGAGCUUGUACAUUGUGGAGUUAGAUAUCUUCUCCAACAUUCCUCUGCAUGAAUGGAGACUUGGAGGCACAAUUAGCGCGCUUUUGUUUCUUUUUUACUUUGUAUAUGUUUGUAUUGUGAGAAUUAUCUAAUCAUACAUAAAUGAUAAUAGAGGACAUAUCAUGUUACCAUGCAUUACAUGCAUGUGCCAGACCCUCCCUCCUAUGUACAUACCAUGCUCAGUACAUAACGACUGCUGAAGCUUAACUCUUGAUUACUCAGUUAGCCUGAGGAAUAGGGGAGGCAGAUGCCAUAUAGGGACUCGGCAGCCAGAUACUUGAAUUUCAGUGAGGCUCUCUUUUCUCUUUCUCUUUCUCUUUUUCUGUCUCUUUACUGAUCUCACCGUGAAUUCCCAUGCAGGUGGUAAUAGAGUUAAGAUCUCUGGUAAAGAUAAAAUGCUAUGCAAAUUGAUUAUUGUGUUGAAGUAGAUCCGCCCCAGAUAUCGAUAUAGCCACCACGGUUACUUUCGUUAAUAUACCAAGAAAUAUCUCAAAACUAGAUGUAACAUCUGCCACAAUGUAAAUUGCAGGUUUUGGGGUUUGUUUAUUUCUUUUUAACUUUGAAGCUCACUAGAGCUUUGUUAAAGAAAAUGUGGUAGCACAGUAGAUCAAGUCCGAAAUGUUAAACAUUUACUAGUUUAGAAAGGGGUAAGCUGGUAAUGGGUCUGGAAGCUUUUUUUGUGGUGAGGCACGAAAAAAAAAUAUCUGUUUUGCUGCUGACCUAUCACAAGUUAGUUUCAGGGUUACAGUCCGCCCCCCUCAGUUUCUUCAGGACGUCUAAAUUCACGCACUGUAUUAAAUGUUUAUUUUUCCACUGUGCUGUAUUUGAAACAUGCAGGAUUUACCCAUGAGUUUGUUUUAAUAGUCUUAUUAAUCAUUUUCCUGUAACCGGGAAGGAACACCUAUAUUUUGUUUCUUUGUUUUAUAGAUUUUAUUAUAACAUUAUUUUUUUUAAACUCACCCCUAGUUUAAUCAGGGGUCCUUUGCACUCCAGAUAAAAGUCACAGAGAACGUAUUACUGACACCUCUCCACCUUUGUCCUCUGAUUUGUAACCCCCUUCACCCUUUUCUCAAAGGAUUCUGAUGAGUAAACCCUCAGUCAUGACGUGUGAUGAAAUGAUGUAACAUGUCGAGGUAUUAGGUUUUGAUAGACAGUUGGAGUGUUGGUCAGUGGUUUAGUUUGACCCACACUUGACCUUUGUGGAGGCUCAGAACUGAAUGUAAACUUUUCAACUCUACGAUCAAAAUGAACAUAAUUUCCACUGUAUUAUUAAAGUCUUCUGAUGGGGUACGUAAGACUCGAUAUGACUACUAGCAAGUCUCUGGUAGCAGCUCAUACACUUUUUCCUAAAAUUAUUUUCCUAAGUGUAACAUCACUAUCAGGACAUUUUUGGUUUCAUAUUGUUUUCUACUUUAAACUGAUGUAUGUAUGUAUGUGAAACAGCAGUUGCGAUAUCUGCGCUUUCAUUUUUCUUUCUCAAGAGGAGCUGCUACUAGGCCUUUGCCUUGACCACAUGCUGUGUUGUGGUGUAGAUUUGAGCUGUACUCUCUGACCUGCUGAAGCACGGUACUGUCAGCCUUGUGCUGCCACACCCUUAAUGUACAGAGCACUGUUACAACAUCCUGUAUCCUCCCUAGAAAACAACUGUUGUAUUUCCCUCCUUAUAUGUAAGUACUAAAGAAAAUACAAUGCA